AUGAGAUCUUUUAUUAAGUCACAUAGAAGUUCAAAUUCAUUAGAUGGUGGUACAGGAAGAUUUAACGAUUCAAAUAACCAAUUCAGUCCGAAAAGACAUAAUAACGAUUUAAUUGAUGUAAGUACAAAUACAGCUGAUGGAUCACAAGAUUCAACACAUUGGAAUCAGUAUUUUACAUCUAAUGUGAAAGAUGGUGAGCAAAGUUUGAGACAUGCGCCAAGUUUUGAUUCAUUUCACAGAUUGACAACAAAUAAAAUGUUUUCUGGUAUACUAUUUAAGAGAAAUAAUACAAGUGGUGUUACUGUGAACAACAACAGUCAAACUAAUAUACAUUAUGACAAGUCACCGACAGUCAAUGUAAAUUCAAUACCAUUCCAAUUCAAAAAUGAUGAUAUACAUUCACCAACGUUAGGCAGAGCAAAUAAUAAUAAUACAAUGAAUGGCAUUAAUCAUGGAGGAACAUCAAUUUCAAGUGGAGUGAAGGGACAUGCUGCAUCAAAAUCUGAAGAUUUAGCAAUUAAGGGUACUAUAACUCAUUCAUGGGGUACAAAAUCUGAUGUUGGACAUUCUGUAAUAAAGCUAAAUGAACCAAUAAUAGAACAUGAGAAAUCAAAUGGAAUCAAGUUAAAUAAGGUUGUUAAUUCUUCAGUUAAACAAAAAUCAGUACUUGAUACUAGAAAUAAUACAGAACAGAUAUCUAAACCCAUUGAUGAAUCUGAACUUAAAAUAACUAAGACUCGGAACAGGAGUGUAAGAAUACAUUCUAAAGAUGAUUUGCACAAAAUGAAUAGUGCUAGUUUAAUUGAUAUUAAAGAUCCCACAUUCGAUAAACAAUAUGCAGAAGUAAUUAGUAAAGGCCUACCGAAAACUAUAUUCAAAGAGGAUACGUUAAAUAAUUUACCUGAUUCAGAGGAGGAAUAUAUCACAGACGACCUUGAAUCAGAAAGCGGCUCUGAGUUUUCGUUCGAAUACGGCGCAGUUAAUGGUAGGACUUCUUCAAUGAAAUACUAUUCUGAACAGAAUCCUCCAAAAACUGUAUAUAUCAAUGAUAUGUAUGAGGAUGAAAAUUUUGACGAAAAUAUGAAUUUCUAUGAAGAUGGUUAUGAUGACGAAUUAGACUUUCCAUCAAAUAAAUACGAUUUCUACGAUGAAGAGGACUUUAAUUUUGAAGAAGAUACUUACGAACAUAACGACAACAAUGAUAAUAAGAAUGUAGUUACUAAUGAUAAAAUGUUAAAAACGGAAGAGAAAGAAGGGAAAGUACGACACAAAAAUUUAAAUAAUUACAAUGAUCUAUUUGAACUAUCAGAUGAUGACGAUGAUAAUGACAUAAUCAAUUCAGAUACUGAUGAAUAUCCCUCAACUACUUAUGAUGACUUAAACAGUACGAAUGACGAACAUAAUAUUCUUAAAAAUAACACAAAUGAAAAGGAUCAAAAUGAAAAUGUUGAGUUGGAAUCUGUAAAUCUACUUGCAAAAACAAAGGUUAAAUCUCAAUUGACAUCAAUGUCUGAUAUCUUUAAUAUUGAUGAUGAAAAAUCAGAUAUAGAUGAAUACAAUAAAUUUAAUUUUGAAGAGGAUCAGUAUGAUGAUGAAAAUAAAUUAGACUCUUUCAACUAUUCAAACACUAGAAAUUUUGAAAAUCAUAGAAUCAAAUCUAAAAUCAAGAAUAACGUACCUGUGAACCAGAUUGGGAUCACCGUCACGUCCGAAAAUGAUAGCACAAUAAUCUUAAAACAUACCACACCGCAUCUUGGAUUUGAACGUUUAGCGCAGGAUAGUUCCAAUGAUGGCAAUACAACUCUAUUGAUUAGCCCAACCAAAUCACACUCAUUAAAAAUUCAUGACAUUAACAGUAAUUUAGAUUCUGAUAUCCCAGGUUCAACACGAGAUCUAUUUUUUAUUGAUGAGACGAAAGAAGAUGCUUAUUUAAAUAAUAUUAAACUAGAAGAAGAAAGUUAUCUGGAUGAAAUUAAUAUCGUACCCGAGGAUUUCGAUUUUUCGGAGCCUAUGGGAACGCUAAGUUGUUUGACAUCUAUCUCUAGGCAAUCUACAGGGUCAUUUAGAAGAACCCAUAGCUUUUCUGAGAAGCCUAUUGGAAAUGUCAAAGAAAAUAAUCCGCUACAAAAUAAACUAGAGAUAAAGAAUAAAACCAUUACUUUUUUUAACAACCAAUGGAACACACCAGUAACAAAUUCUAUUAAACGGAGGUCUCCUAGAAAAUCGUCCCCAGUGAAACUGGAUUCAACUUCAUAUAUUGAUAAUAAUAACAUUCCAACCACCCCAAAACAAUACAAUGAUAGUGAAAGUAUUUCUUUUGCGGUUGCACACGAAUUUGAGAAGCCUAAACCAGAAUAUAUUCAGGACUUCUCAUUAAGCCCAAUUCAAGAAGGUUCAUCAUCUGUGGAUAGUUCACCUCGUCUAUAG